CAAACCGAUGCCUAUAAUACGACGACCCCACCAACCGCUGUCGGCGACGUAGGACGACGACGACCCGGAGGUGGGGUGCGAACGUUGCAUCUGCCGAAUCCGCCGGCCGACCGUUCUGCAGUCGCUAUUAGUACCCACUACGUCGUCGCUUCGUCGUUGCUACAGCACAGUGCCGUCUCCAUCACAGUCAUUUGUACAGUACAGUGUCGUGUUCACAGUCGUUGCAGUCUUGUUUCAGACACCUCGACUCUUCGAUUUCUCGUCAUUCGAAACACAGGUCAAUUGUUUUCCAUAUUAUAAUUUGUCCUUAUUAUAUUAAUCAUUCCAGCUAUGAUAUUUUUAUUAAUAAUAGGUACCUACUUGUAAUUUUACAACUAUACCUCCGAUCUUCACGACCAACCCUAGUGACUUCCGAGCCGCCACCAUCGACAAUGUCGCAACCACCGCCAACUACGCCACCACCGUCAACGUCGCCACCACCGCUGCAGUCCGUUGUGGUUGAUGAGAGGCCGUCCAUAAGUAAACAUUUACACAUCUCGUAUUAUUAUCAUUCGUUAGAUAAUAAUUUUUCAUUCGAAAUGCGAGUCAUUAUGCGUGCAUACAUUUAUUCGUUGUUAUUUUACAUUCGGAGCGUAGCGAGGGAUCUAUUGAAUUAACUAUGAUGUGUGUUUCUGUUUCUGUUUUUUUUUUUUUGUUUUGUGAACAAAUUUUCUACCAGAAAUCUUGCUCCGAAGUAAUACUAUUGUAAUAACUAUGUAAUAUAUACUAUAGUAAUACUAUGUAAUACUAUUUCUGAAAUGAAAUUUUCUCUAGUUUGUGAGUUAGAAAGUCAUUAGGACUACCUAUCUAAGUAAAAUGUCCGUUUUUAAUGGAAAUCGAAAAAAUGUAUUGCAGUCGAGUGAAAAAAAAAUACAACGUAUACAUUUGGGACCGUAUACCUAAUAUAUGUGUCCCUCUUUCUAAUCGCUAUCUCGGUGUUUGUCUACGAUCAUGGCCAUCUUAUUCUAAGGCAGUUUCGAAAAUCGCUUGGGUGUGACACGGCACGCGGUAUUUUAGUAGUGUUCCACCAACUUUAAAGUGAAAUAUCUCUUCAAUAGGUCGACGUUUCAACAUUUUAAAGCGGCAUAUAUUUCACGAUUUCUAAAAAACCAAAUUCCGAAAAAAAAAAAAAAAUCAUUUUUGAAAUAAUUAGUGUUGUACGACGAACGGAGCAUAUAAUUGUACAUACAUUAUUUUCGGAGAAUUAUUAUGUUUAUAAUUCGGUAAUUUCUAGUCGUAACGAUUGACGAUGCGAUGAUAUAUAGAUACCUACUGCUAAUUUAUUAUUUUUAUUUCCCUACUGCUAUUAUAAAACGGAUGACGAUUUUAAUUACCAUACGAUGUAUCUUUUUAAAUGAUAGGUACGUAUUUUGUAUUGAAUACAUUUUUAUUUUUGUAAUGAUCAUAUUUAUAAUGAUGUAUACAUUAUAACUAUUUUAUUAUCCAACUGAAAUCGUUAAUGAAUUUAACUACAAACAUUAAUAGCUUAUUAUUAAAUAAUAUUUAUAUAUUCUUAUAUUGGUUCUUAACUAAAAAUCGUUCAUUAAAAUGUACCAAGAAUUUUGAAUUGUUGGUUGAAAGUGUGUUUCUUUACAAUUUAUAAAAAUUCUUUCGUACUUUUCCUAUUGAAUGUUAUAUACAUAAUUCAUUAAGUUCACAAAUGACCUUCACCCCUAAUAAUUACCUUAGAUCCACGAUUUCAAUCAUGACCUACUUAAAAUAUUAUAAUGAAGUAAUUAGGAACAGACCAGUAACAUUAUUUGAAAUUUUUUUGUACGUAAUGAACUUAUAAUUAUUAAAAUUAUAUUAAUAAUUUUAAGUUUUGAAUUGUUGAAAAUCUUAACCGGACAUAAGAAAAAGAAUAGUUAAUUGAUAAAAACUAGUUGAUGUUAAGUAAUCAAUUAUAAUUUGUGGUUAUUUUAAAAUAACGAUACAAAAUGUAUUUAAGUUUAUAACAGGUAUUUAUUUUCAGUUUUAUUUUUUGUAUAAUACAAUAUUCAAAAGAGUGGAUAUUGCUUUACUCCGCACAUCGGUUAAAAUUUCAAUUUUGUUUUACUCCGAACUCUUAUUAUAAUUAAACGAUAUAGUAGGUACCUUAUAAUAUAGGAAUCAUAUACUGCAAUUUGAUAUAUACUAUACAAUGUAGUAUAUAUUAUAUUAAUAUAGUGGUAUGCAUAUCAAAAUAUUAAGAAAACAAUUAUUAUUUAGAAUCGAAAUUUAAAAAUACGGGUUACAGUUCAAUAUUAAAAAGUCUGUCUAUGUUUAUACCGUUUUUGAUAAGUAUCUUAAUAGAAUGUAGGGGUAUAUGGACACUAUAGAAUUUUGAACAUAUCGUAAAUUUAAUAAAAUACGGGUAUUAUAAAACGAUUAUAUAAUAAUUGAAAAACCGUCGUAGAUAAUUUAAUUGCUGGUUCGUUAUAUAUAUAUAUAUAUAAAAAAAAACAAUUUUAAAAAUGUCUCGGUGCAUCAUGAUGUAUAUAAUGUAUUGUAAAAUAUAAUUUAUCAAUUUCUUUACAUUUUACGUGGGUUAGUUUAUUUUUGGAACACUAGUAAUAUUAUGGCGGUCUUGGAAUGCAAACGCAUUGUCGUUUUGUACAGUAUAAUCAAAACCGUGACGGGCGGUGUUCAUGGAAUCAUAAUAGGGGUACCUAUCUAACGUUUAACGGAAAUCGAAAAUAAUUUAUCGUGGUUGGGUGAUACAUGUAUACAUUUUCGACAGUAUUUUCUAUAAUGUGCGUUAAGCCUCAAUGUUGAUUUCUACGGCGUUGUCGAGACGGCACGGACAGUCCAAAGUAAUUUAUUGCUAACCAACCAUAGGGGUCAUGACAGUUAGUGGAUCUCGGACACGACCGGACGUAGACAAUCGUUUUUAUUAGUUUUGAAUUGUACCUAUACAGUAAUGCGAGGUAUUAUUUUAUUUUUGAAGCGUUUUUGUUCCCAGGACACAUUCUAUAGUGACGCCACUUUAGUAACAAAAAAAAAGGUUUCGGACAGCUAUGCAUUAAUCGGAAGGAGUGUAUAAAUUCCAUGGAUUUAAUCUAAAGUAUACUGGACCUUACAAGUCACAAUAAAAUAAUUAAAGUGUAUUAUUAUGAUGUGUAGGUAUAAACUUCGGUCGUAAACUCAAUUAUAUUUAUGUUAUUUUUUUUUAAAUCGUUUUUCAUUCUUGAUGUUUGUGCAGCGCCGACGGCAUGGUGUAGCAGACCUAUAUUAACCGUGAUUCCAAAUUAAUAUAGGUGUCUAUGUUAACUGUGAGUCUGAACAUAUGUGCUUCAUGAAAAGCCCCGUGCUAAAAAAUUCUCGAAUAGAAUAUGUUUUAAAUUUUAGCCAAAUGCCACAUUUUCAGUCACAGAUCACACUGUCACAGCAUAACAUAGUAAACUGUCGUUAAAGUGUACCAAAUUCUGAUGCUUUCUGUUUGAAAAUUAAUCUAUAGUCAAUUUGAAAUAGUCCCACGAAGAUAUACCCAUUGUAAUAUCUCUGGAAAUAAUAAGGAUAAUCUAAUUCUGUUUUUUUAUAUUACUAACUAGGAUGAAAAUUAUAAAUGUUUAAAUUGCGAUUAUUACAACUUAAUUUUAUUAUUUUUGGAAAAUUUGAAAAUAACUAUUUUAAUUUAUAAUUAUAUAAUGCCCGGAUUUGAAUGCAGAAAUCCUUUUUUCAAUUUUCCGCUACUUAACCAUUUUUAGAGAAUUUUUUUUUGACAUUUGUCAGUAGUUAUGUUUUUUUUAAGAGCAUAUUUAUAUACCAUCAAAUUAAUUGUUUCAAUUUAGAUAAUUAAAAAUAUUAUCUCAAUACAUUUUUUUUUUUCAUGCAAUUAUAUGUAGGGAUACAUAUUAAAGUUAUGCGUAUGAAAAUUACAGUGUUUUGCUUACAAAUAAUUUUUUUUUUAACGAGAUAUAGAUAAGAUGUCUGAACUCAAAAACUAUCUGGAUAUAAAUAGAUUAUGAAACAAUUAAACAUAUAUAUAUAACGAUUAGAUACAAUUAAUAGAUUUUUGAUUAAUGAUUUUGAUCUGAGCGCAACGAGAAAUGUAUUGGUUUUGUAAUAAUUUAUAUUAUUAUUAAUUUUUUUAUAUACUGUGUACAAAAUGUCUACUAAAAAUCAUGUUCCAAUUUUUAAGUGUAGCACUUUUUUUUUUAAAUAAAAUGUUAUCUAAUUGGUCCUCAAAGGAAGUAAUUAUAUAAAUUUUCUAAGUGGUUUUCAUAAUAACAUUAAAAAACACGAAAAAACCUAGAAAAAACGUACGGACAAUAUCUAAAGCGUAGGAUUUCAUGAUUUAAGUUUUAGAUUCGGAGCGUACGUGUUUUAUUUUUGUCUUUGUGAACAACCUUUCAGAAAUCUUGCUCUGAAGUAUUAAAUAUAGCAUUCUUUCUAAAAGGAAAUUUUCUCUAGACCAUGAGUUAGAAUGUCGUUUGAUUUUUUGUAAGUUUUUCUAAUAAUUACGAAAAUCUGGGAAUAAACUCAAGAAAUACAGCAAAAUGUACGGCAUUUGGGUUUUUUGUUGUUAUUCGGUUAAAAAUUACUUUAGAGAGCUGUAAUUUUUACAAAACAUUUAUAUUGGCUUUUUGUAGACAUGGUACAAUUUGAAAAAUAUUCUAGAUAUUUUUGAGCUACAUAUAGGUAUUUUAUACCGUACACCAUAAGCUAAAAUAUAUACUUUUUCAUACUAUACACACUUCAUACAACUCCAGCAAUACUAUAUCAUAGGUAUCACCACCACCUACCCCGCAAUGGAAUCUUUUUAGUUUUGAUGGGAGGGAGGAAUAUUUUUGCUUAACAUAUCUAAUGAAAAAAUAACCGUUCGAAAAUUAAUCUCAAUUUACAUUUUUCUCUAUGUACUAUAAUAUUAUGAGGACAAAUAGCUCAAUUUUUUUUUUAAUUGGAUUCUAAAUUAAUAUAGUACCCACCUUAAGACGUUUUUUUAGAUUUUUUUGUAAGUACUAAAUAACUAUUUUUGUUUUUUUUUUUUUUUUAUAAAUUUAAUCAAAACAGUUUUAUAAAUACAAAUAUGAUACAUACAAUUUACUCGUCUUUUAUUUGAAUACAAUAAUUAUUAAUUACAUACGUCAUCAAUUUUGAUUCUUUAUUGAAUAAUCUAUACUUCAUAUGAAUUAAACAUUGAUUAAAAAAAGGUCCCUUUUAUCUGUGGUAUGCCUUCAUAUUUGAGUCAACUAAUUGUUGUUUAAAAUUUGAAUAAAGAAACAUUUAAGAAUUUUUUUUUUCUCCAAUAAUAGUUAUUCAAAGUGCAAAAAAAAAUGUAAAAUUGAAAAACGAAUACAAACAAAUAGCAUAAUAUAGCUGCUGCGCACUUUUUAAUUUCCUACUGCAUAAAUGUUUGUUAAAAAUUUAAGAAAUCAAAUUUACUGAUUUUAUUUUGUUUUAGAUAAUUCAGGACCUUUAAAUAUAAUUGCAUCCACAUCAGAAAAAAUGGCUGAAAAAACGCAAGAUUAUCAAACAGUCUCCGAACCAGGCUCAUCCAUGCAUACCGAAAGUAAUAGACCGAGUAAUUUGAAUUCCUUUUUAGAAGAAAUUCAAAAGGUUUUCGUGGAUGCUGUUAAAAAAAACGCGAAGAAGAACAAUAAAAAAGUUGAUGGUAACAACUUACCUAUAUACUUUUAAUAUUAUUAAAUAUAAAUUGACAUAAAUAUUUUGAAAUAAUUUACUAAAAUUAUAUAUUUUUGAUAAAUAUUAAUCCACUAAAAAAAAAAAAAACAAUGUGGUGUAUUGUUCUUUUAUAUUGUGUAUAGGUUAUUUGCUUUUCCGUUCAUAUUCAUGUUAGCAUUGUAUCUUUAUUUAUAAUCGUAAAUAUUAGUAGCACCCGAGCUAUAUUAAAUUAUUUUUAUUAAAUCAUCGCAUUGUAUCAAAUAUAAACAUUUUCCAUACUAAUGAAUUUAUGAAAUUACUUAGCCCCUUUUUGAUAUCACAACUUUUCUAACUUAAGUUAUUUUUUUUCAUAUUAAGGUUUUUAUACGUAGUUGAUGGAGGAUUUUUGUUGGGAAUAUUACUACUAUUAACCAAACUCCACUUGGAAUCAUUUUUCAUUAGCAAUGGUUAUCAUACAGAUAUAUAUUAAAUUUUUCUCUACUACCUUCACAACUUUUCACCUUCAACAGUAGUUGCAUCCUUUUCAGUUAUCCUAGGAUAGAUUUUUUAUUAUGGUAAAAUGAACAUUUAUUUACAAAACUCACAAAAACAUUGUGAUUGUAUCUCUGUUUGAACAUUAAUCCAUAAUCAAUAUGAAAUAGUCCCACGAAUAUAUACCAAUUGUAAUGGAAAUUUCUCUGGAGAUAAUAAGGAUAAUCUAAUUCUGUUUUUUAUAUUACUCACUGGGAUGAAAACUAUACAUAUUUAAUUUGCAAUUAUUACAACUUAAUUUUAUUAUUUUUGGAAAAUUUUAAAAUAGCGAUUUUAUUGAUUUUAUUCUUCAUGAAAUGUUGACACCGAAUAAUAUGAAUUUCAAUUUUUGGGUAAAACAACACUUCAUAUUUUAUCCACUCAAUUAUAAGGUUUAAACAACAAUAAUUGGGAAUAAACGGGAUUAAUAAAAUUAUUUUAAGGAUAACGAGAUUGUAUGGUAAUUGUACUUAAUGAUAGUACGAAGUACUAUCAUUUUUUAAAAAAAGCUAAAAUCACAAAUUUAAUAAAAAUAAAAACUUGUUAUUUCAAAAGUUCUUCUAUAAACUGUAAAAUAUCCAUUUUCAAAUUUGUUUUAAAAUUAUAAAACAAAGUUAUUUUCUUAAAUCUUUUGCCAAAACAUAAAAAAUUAAUUACAAAAUAAAUAUUCGUAGUUUUUAUCUUUUUGAGUAAUUAAAAAAAAAACACGAUUUGAUUACCUUUAUUAUCUCCGGAAAUAUUACAAUGAGUAUAUCUUUACUGUAUACUGUAUACUAUGUGUACAGUGACCCUACUUAUUAAUUACUGGUAGAUACCUACUAUAAUUUAUGGUUAUUGCAUGUUACAGACUAUUUUAUUUUUAUAUUCCGGUUUCAUCAUUAUGAAAGCCAGUUAUAAAUGACAUAUAUAUGUAGGUUCUUUUAACCUCAUAGUGUAAAAUUAUUAUACGGGUUGAGUUAAAUGAUCUAGUGCAAUGUAAUGUGUGUGUGCAAAUUCAAAUACACAUGAGGGAGGUUCAAAAUAAUAAACAAAUUAACAUAUUUCGCACAAUGGGUGGUUCACUGUUGUAAUGGAGAUAUUGGGAAGGUAGAGACGAAAUUUAAUGUAGGUAUAUCUGUAACCAACAAUUAAUCAUUGUUAAAGAAUAAUAAUUUUGAAGAUAGUUCGGUUAUACAUGCAUAAUAAAUUUUAAAAAGGUAUCCAUUUAUUAUAAAAACCCCAGGUAAAAUCAAAAAUUUAUCUCCCUAUAGUACCAUCUCAGUCAAGUUUCCUUUCAGAAAAAGUGUUACACUUGAAAAAUGUCUAGUAGAUAAGUUAUUUUUACGCAAAAAAAUAACAAAACAUUGUAAAACCUAUUUUCUAGUUGUUGUUUUUGUCAAAAAUUGUGAUUAUUGUAUUUCAAGAUAUGCAUGUUUUAUAAAUUACUAAUAGCUUUAGAUUGUUUCAAAAUAUUAUACAUUGUAUAAUCGACUAACUAGUACAAAUCAAUUCACAACAAGGUAUUUAGCCCAUCUCCUACAAAACAAUAUGUAAUAUUACUGAGUACAAUAUAAUUCAAAUAACAAUUUGUUUAAAAAACAAUACAUUUAAUAUACAAUAUUUAAUGAAACAAAGAAUAUUGUUUUACAUAAUUUUGUUUAUGUUUCUUUUAAAUUUUUUGCAGAAAGAGAAAAUCCAAUUCUGUUUUCUGAUGUUGAUUUGACACCACGUAAUAUUGAAACUGAGCAUGAAAACCCCUUACAUAUUUACACUGAGAUGGAUUCUACAUUGCCUUCUAAUGUAAAACGUCAAAAUGAACAGAUGUCUGGAGGUUUUCCAAACGUCGACGAUCUGAGAAAACCUGAAUUUGAGGGAUUGAAAAUAAUAAGACGCAUCUCUAAGAAAACUGAACCCGAAAAUAAGGAUUGA